AUGUACGCUACAGCACUGUGCCACCUUGGUGAUAGCUUCACCGUGACUAUGCGAUCAAGUCCAUGUGAAGCACACUUUCCUUUCACCCAAACUUUCCAACAACACAAUCAAAUCUGUUCAACACGAACAGCAUCACAUUCAAGAUCUAUCAUGAAUGCUCUCGACUUUCUCUUCGACUUUGCAGACCUCAUGAGCACGUCUUCCGCUAUGAAACUUCCACCAGGCACCAACAAAUACGCACAAGACACCCAAGCCUCGAAAGCACUGUCGACUACCGCCGUACCUUCACAGUCCUCACAAUACCAGGGAGAAGUUCAGCAACCUUCCCAGCAGCUAGGUGCUGGUAUUGAUUCGAUAUUGGUGCCUCAAAGUGAGAAUGACAUGGCCACAUUCUCGAGGACACACGUCGAAUCUGCAAUCCAGCAUCCCAUCGACUGGGUUCUGUCGCCUCAGUUCAUGCAGCAACCGUAUAUGCAGGAACACAGUCUACUCUUCCCCGAGCAUUUGCGCCUUCCGUCGUCCGAAGAUCUUUCUUUCGGCUUCGACAUUACCUACCUUCAUCACCAUGAUCAAAGCUGUCACUGCACCCACAUGCCUCCCCCAUCAAUGCGCUUUCAGCAUGGCUGCAUGAUUCCGAGUGGAUGGAACGUCCAGCAGCCCCAUCUGGAGCAUCUGGAGCCAGAGCUACACCAUCUGCUGCCUUUACCGACAGAAGGGCUUACAUAUGGGAACAACUGCGAGCAUCAUGUUCCAGGGCAGCUAUUUGCGUGUGAGUACUACCCGCCACACAGCUACUGGGCCGAAGACGGCUGUGUGCCGGUCGCACCUCGCUCAAUAGACGUGCAAUACGGUGACUCGGGGGUAGAGAUGAGCUCGGAGAACGGAGCAGGUUUCAUGCAGCACUAUUAA